AUGGUUUCAGUCAAGCUCCUCACAACCCUCCUCACAAGCACCGCAGCUGUAGCUGCAACUGCAACUGCGACAGCACCAGACUUCAAAACCCUCAACGUGACCGUCAUCGGCGCGCACAACAACAAAUCCACCCUGGAAUGCUGGGCCAUUGAACCCGGUUUCACCGAGUCCUCCCAAGCUGGCACCGCAGGCUCUGAAGUACUCAAUCUGGGUCCCGUGAGCGGAAAUGCAUCGUUUUCUGUCCUUCCUGCAAAGUUUGACGGUGGGAGACAUAACGCUCCUGCUAUGCAAUGGGUGAUUUUCCUCUCCGGCCUUGCGCAUAUCACCCUCCCGCACUCUGGUAAAGAAGCCUGGAUCCGAGGUGGUAAGGAGGGCGCGAUUCUAGCGCUGGAUACGGCCAAGGUUAGUGGUGAUGGACACAUCACCAAGUAUCCAUCAGAUGAGGUUACGGUUGCGAUGCAAGUGCCGUUGCAGGGGAAUAAGGUGCCAGGGCACCAAAUUUUACAUGGUGGUGCGUGUAAGGGGGAAGAGGUUUCGUUGUAA